AUGCUGUCCCCCAGUUCUGAAUUUGACUUGAACAUUCGCCAGCAGCCCACUCGGGCGCGCGUGGCUGGUGGGAAAGAGAAAGAGCGCAAACCAGUGGACCCCCCACCGAUUGUGCAAAUCCGGGUAAGAGAGGAAGGCACUUAUCUCUCGCAACACUAUCUGCAAAGUCCCUAUUAUUUUAUGUGCUGCAGCUUGUAUGAUGGCUCGGACGACUCUCCAGUUGCUGUGUCCCCGUCCACAGCUUUGACGGGUACCUUGGUUUCGUCUCUUCAUCGGUUGAAGGACGUGGACAAUACCGAUGGGGGAUUCUUCGUCUUUGGGGAUUUGUCUGUGAAAGUGGAGGGCGACUUUCGGUUGAAAUUCACACUCUUCGAGAUGCGGCGGGACACGGUGCACUAUUUGAAGUCGACAAUUUCCGAGCGCUUCACUGUAUCGCCGCCUAAGAGCUUCCCGGGAAUGGCGGAGUCAACAUUCUUGUCCAGAUCUUUUGCAGAUCAAGGGGUGAAACUGAGGAUCCGAAAGGAACCCCGCACAUUAAUAAAACGGCCGGUCCCUCGUCCCGAGGAUUUCCCACAGCCACUUCCUCCUCGCUCCCCAGAACGGACGGCGAUUCAAAUGUCAGGAAAUGCGUUUGGUGGUUAUCAACCAACGGGGCGAGAGUACGGUUACUAUCCACCACCUGUCAAGCGGCAGCGCACGUCGAUCGACUAUGGCAGCCGAGCCGUGUACGAUGAUGGACGAAUGCGUCAAAUGGAAGCGUACCCGCAGGCUGCGACCAUGUACUCAAACCAACCCGGAUCUUAUGGCGCCAUGAUGCAGUAUCCCACAGGCCACACGGGGGUUCCUGAAUACGCGGUUCGUCAGCCUCAGCCCGUACCAACUCCCACGUCAUUUGACAGUCCAUCCACGGGUACAGUGACGUCUUCGGAGCUCGGGCUUCCUGGCUAUGCACCUGGCUUACACGGAGCGCAGAUUACAUACGGUAUCCCCUCGGCCCAAGUUUCCCCAAUGCAAGACCCGGCGAGCCAUAGCCGGAGUAGUCAACAGGCCACCAUGCAGUCUCUGGGAAUGGUGAAUCCGACAGGCAGCUCUACAAUUCUCCCACCUUUGCAGCGGAGAGGCAACUACCCCCAAGGGACUAAUGGUGCUGCUACGGCUCGGGGCUACUUUGAGCAGCCGUCGCAAGGAGCUACUCCUAUCUUACCCUCUCAACCUAUUGGCACAAAUGAAGCGGAUCGGUAUGGUUCAGCACCCGGUCAGACGGCUUUCGAUCACCCCGGUUCAUCCAAUGGGACCCCUCGAUAA